GCCGACAUUUCCACUCACUUGUUGCCAUGAGCAUGACUCAAGUCACACUCGGGAGACUUUAGCGUACAACGCAAAAAAAAAUAAAAAUUAAAAAAAAAAAAAUAUAUAUAUAUAUAUAUAUAUUUUCACGAAGUAUUUUGCGCGUCGACUCGUCAUGGACGAAGGUGCCCCCUCCUCCGCGUUACCCGAAUUGAAGGACCUGGAGAGCAAGCUGGGUCGCAAAGUCCCUGAAAGUCUCGCACGCUCGCUGGUGGGUGGCAAACACGACAAGGCGACAAACCCGGCGACGACACGCCUGGCGGCGGCGGCGCGUCCCGGGCGCAAUUCCGCCGACUUUGACCGGCUGGAGGGCAAAAUGCUUUUCCUCAAACAAGAAAUGGCGAACCUACGCGCCAUCGACGUGAAGCUGAUGCAACAGCUCCUAUCCAUCAACGAGGGCAUCGAGUCCAUCCGCUGGGUGAUCGACGACAAAGGCGACGCGGCCAGCUUGACGGGCAGCCUGUACAGCCUGUCGGACAGCCAGGACGGCGGCUCGCUGCCGGGCAGCCUCAGCAGCCUGAACGACGCCAACAGCGACGAGCUGGACGCGCUGUCGGUGGGCAGCUACCUGGACACCCUCGCCGAGGACCUCCUGGAAGACCCUUCGCCCACCAACCUGGACUGCUUUGUGGAUAAUUCAGUAAUAGACGGGGACGCCUUUGUUAAAUCCCCAGUGAAACUGAGGGUAGAAUCGGAUGAAUACUACUGCUUUGGGUAAUAAUGAUUCUAGUAGAGAGAUGAACCUUUUUCUCUGUGUGUGUGGUUUUUAAUGAACACUACUGACUCACCCGUGUGACUUUUUGUUUUACUUUGAAACUCGCCACACCUCACAUAAACUGCUUGCGGUCACACCCUUACUUACUGACUUAAGCUUUGUCAACUGGUAACUUUUGCAGCUGUGUCUUCCGGUUUUGUUGGGUGCAAACGUCAUAUUUAUUUGCUACCACUUUAUUUAUUAUUUUUAUUAUAUGUUUAUUUUUAUUGUUUUUACUGGUUUGUACACUGGGGUGGUACCCUCAGAGAUGGGACUGGGAUCCUUGACUGUUACAGCUUGGGAUCAUAACUGGAUCCUUUUAGGCGUAGAAACCGUACCUUGGAAUGUUUUUGAGUACAGUACUUCGAAAAAGCAAAAUAUUGUUCCCCUUAAGGUACUUUUUAUUGGAGGGGGAGGGGGUCCUUCAAAUGUACUUUUGUAGCAUGGAGACUUGACUUUUAGGGCCUGGGAACAAACUGUGCGAGGAAUCUUAGACUCCAAUCUUUUGAUCUGGUAUGGUAAAUGUUAUGCCUAACCAGAUUUUCUGACACGCACUCAUGAAAAAGUACAGCGUUGUAAUUUUAAUGGGUACAAUGGCUUGUCACUAGGGUGGUACCGUCAAGAGUUAGGACUUUCAGACGCUUGGCUGUUGACUUUUGCAGCCUGUAUUCUUUCAGGGCUUCAAACGGUACCUUUUACAGUCCAAUCAUUAGUCCUAAACAGGAGAGAUUGGAACAGGUUUUCUGACCCGCUAAUAAAAUAUACCUUUAAGGGGUAAAAUGUCUUAUCACUAGAGUGGUACGCUCAUAGUAAGGCUUUUUGGAUGAUUGACUUUUAGAGCGUGGGAACUUAUUGUAACUUUUCAGGUUCAGAAAUAAGACCUGAGAAUCCAUUAAGUCCUAAGCUGUUUACAUUUUACCAGAUUUUUAACCUUGUAUCUUUUAAGGUAUACCUUUACCCUGCUGCUUUUGUACCCUCAACACUUUUCGUUCUUGGGAACAUGCCUUUGUCCUUUCAGCCCUGGAAAAAGGUACAAGCCAUGACUUGGGAGUGCAAUAAAUACCCCACUGCACUAGUGCAGAUUUGUGAGGGAUUGAAGAGGACUACUUUUAUCUCUAUUUCUCUUUAAGCUAGAAUCAACAGACCACCAUCAGACAACUUCAGUAAAGGAGAAGAUUUAGCUUGAAUAGCCAUUUGUACGAUUGGACACUGCAUGCUGAGUGAUGAGGGUGCUUUAAUUUAAAAAAAACAUUAUUUUUUUUUAUUGCAUCAGUCUGAGUCAAGAGCAGCAGGAUCACGACACUGUAGUCUUAAAGGACCCAGUUUUAGUUGCACAUUUAAAGCACACGAGAAUGCUUGACUGAAAACCAAAGCAAUUUGAUUGUCUCGUAGAUAACGUCAGCCCGCAGCAUUGGGGAGUUGUUGAUGGCGAACACGUGUGAAACACAUGUUGGCUUUGUCAGCACAUUUCCAAACCUCCUUUUGUUAAUGAUUUGUACAUGUGUUUUAGCUUUCAUUGUCAGACUCUGCCUUGUUUUGUAUUCUUUGUACCGAUUGUUGAUGUUGAGAAAAUGACAUGAUAAUAUAUUGUGAUUUGUUACACAA